AUGGAUUUCGGUUCCCUGGAGACGGUGGUGGCCAACUCAGCCUUCAUUGCCGCCCGGGGCAGCUUCGAUGGGAGCAGUGGCCCAUCUUCUCGGGACAGGAAGUACCUGGCUAAGCUCAAGUUGCCUCCACUGUCCAAGUGUGAGGGCCUCCGGGAGAGCCUGGACCUGGCGUUCCCAAGUGUGUGCUCAGAGCAGCCCAUCGGCAAGCGGCUUUUCCAGCAGUUCCUGGGGGCUGAUGAGAGGCAUGUGCCAGCUCUGGAGCUCUGGAAGGACAUCGAGGACUAUGACACUGCAGAUGACGACCUCCGGCCACAGAAGGCCCGGGCCAUCCUGGCUGAGUACCUGGACCCCCAGGCCAAGCUCUUCUGCAGCUUCCUGGAUGAGGGGGUAGUGGCCAAGUUCCGGGAAGGGCCCACGGCAAGUGAGGAUGGGCUGUUCCAGCCCCUGCUGCAGGCUACCCUGGAGCACCUGAGCCAGGCGCCCUUCCAGGAGUACCUGGGCAGCCUGUACUUCCAGAGGUUCCUGCAGUGGAAGUGGCUGGAGGCCCAGCCUACGGGGGAGGACUGGUUCCUGGACUUCAGGGUCCUGGGGAAAGGUGGUUUCGGGGAGGUGUCUGCCUGCCAGAUGAAGGCGACUGGCAAGUUGUAUGCGUGUAAGAAGCUCAACAAGAAGAGACUCAAGAAAAGGAAGGGGUACCAGGGUGCUAUGGUGGAGAAGAAGAUUCUAGCAAAGGUACACAGCAGGUUUAUAGUCUCUCUGGCCUAUGCAUUUGAAACCAAGACUGACCUCUGUCUGGUGAUGACCAUCAUGAAUGGAGGCGACAUAAGGUACCACAUCUACAAUGUGAAUGAGGAGAGCCCUGGCUUCCAGGAGCCACGUGCUAUCUUCUACACAGCCCAGAUCAUCAGUGGCCUGGAGCACCUGCAUCAGAGGGGCAUUGUCUACCGAGACCUCAAGCCUGAGAACGUACUUCUGGAUGAUGACGGCAAUAUCCGAAUUUCUGACCUUGGGCUGGCUGUGGAGCUGAAGGACGGGCAGACCAAGACCAAGGGCUAUGCAGGGACCCCAGGCUUCAUGGCCCCUGAGCUCUUGCGUGGUGAGGAGUAUGACUUUUCCGUGGAUUACUUUGCUCUGGGGGUCACACUGUAUGAGAUGAUCGCAGCCAGAGGACCCUUCCGUGCCCGAGGAGAGAAGGUAGAGAACAAGGAGCUGAAGCAGCGGGUCCUCUCGGAGGCCAUCAAGUACCCAGACAAGUUCAGCCAGGUCAGCAAGGACUUCUGUGAGGCACUGCUGGAGAAGGACCCCGAGAAGCGCCUGGGGUUCAGAGACGGGACGUGUGAUGGGCUCCGCGCCAGCCCCCUCUUCAAGGACAUCAACUGGAGGCAGCUCGAGGCUGGGAUGCUGACGCCCCCCUUUGUACCAGACUCACGGACCGUCUAUGCCAAGAACAUCCAGGACGUGGGCGCCUUCUCCACGGUCAAGGGUGUCGUCUUUGACAAAGCCGACACAGAAUUCUUCCAGGAGUUCGCGACGGGCAACUGCUCCAUCCCCUGGCAGGAGGAGAUGAUCGAGACGGGCGUGUUCGCGGAGCUGAAUGUGUGGCGCGCUGAUGGGCAGAUGCCUGAUGACAUGAAGGGGAUCGCCGUGGAGGAGGCAGCCCCAGCGUCCAAGUCAGGGAUGUGUCUGGUUUCCUAAACGUGCAGAAAGAGGUUGCUCUGCAGCCCACAGGGGCGAGGAUGCCUUUGUGAGCCGCUGGGCGCCCGCAGAGCUAUCGGGGAGAGGCCAGAGUGCAGAGUCCUGUGCCGCUGAGGAGCCCAGCCCAUAAAUAGUCCACUUCCUUUCCCCCAUUUCACUCAGAAAGAUGCCAUGGUGGUUCCCACGUGGAAUAUGCCAGAAUGCACGACUCAAGCUCUCAUGUUGGGCCGCUGGGGCGGGGGGCUGUUCACAUCGGUGGAUGCUCCGUUUGUUUCCCGGCACCGUCACUGUGAUGUCCCAGAGCCCUGCCGUCUGGGGGAUGCCUUCUCCCACUUGGCUCAGGGGUUGGCAGACCACGGCCGGUGGCUCCUGCGCACUAGCAGAGGGGCCUGGGCUGUGCCUGGCUUCUGCCCCCACCUCCCAUGCUGGCUGGCUGCUGCCAGGGCCUGCACUGGUCACCCACUGCCCACUGGUGGUGCUGGCACCUGUUGGGUGCUGAGUGGUGCCGGCUCCUGGCUUGCCCUGACCAGGCUGGGCCCAGGUGUCCCAGAGGAGGGGCUGAGGGUGGCUUCUCUCUGUCCUGAGAACAUCUCCAGCUGGUGGCACCCAGGCCCAAAGCUGCCCACCCCCUGGGCAGACAGAUGUGCAGGAAUCUUCUCUUUCCAACCCAAGCACUUGCUCACCACCCCACUCUGCCUCCUGGCACAGCCCUUUGUCCAGCUACGGUGGGCUGGGGGCAGCCUCUCUGUGUCCCCAGAGGCAGCAGCACCUACGGGGUGCCCUCCCUUGGCCUCUGGCCACCCGGCAUCAUCGGCACUGGCCCCUGUGUUUCCUUUAACCCCACGGUCCCUUGUGCUGUAUGUGUCCUGAUGGGGAGAACAUGGUUCCUGUGGUAGCGGCCUCCUGGACUGAGAUGUGGUGGCGUCAACCUGGGAGUCCCAUACUGCACACAGGGCUCGGGUGGGGUGGAACGGUGGUCCAAGGCCUGUGGAGUACUUUCAGAAGGGUCUCUGCCUCGACUAGGGAAGAAUUUCUGAGUCUCUACAACCUGCACGCCGUGUCACACACUGGACAGGCAGAGAGCCACGUGAUGUGGCUGUGAGACGGAGGACUGUGUGUGUGGGGACCAUUUGGGAAGAGUGCCCCCAGGAAGAUGCCACAGCGUCAAGGAGGGGAUGUUGGGACCUGCGAGGGAGUGAGUGCAGGGUCCUCCUACCUGGUUUCAGCAUGUGCUCUGGGGUUACCCCCUCCUGUCCCAGCUGCCUUGGAGAGCCAACCCCAAGUCCCAGGGUGUCCCCACCCUCAGGCCGUCAACCCCAAGUGUAUGGGGGGGUCUCCACCCUCAGAUUGCAGCAUUCAGUGUUGGGGCACCCCCGCCCUCAGGCCGUCGACCCCGAGUGUUGGGGCGCCCCCACCCUCAGGCCGUCGACCCCGAGUGUUGGGGGGCCAUUGCCAGCAGAAGUCCGUGUGCAGUCCAGGUCCCUCCACCCUCAGGGAACAGUGGGUCCUGCAGCCCACGGGAGAGUCACUGCUCAGGUGCCGGGCCAUGCAGGGAGUUGUGUGUGGCACACACAGUUGUCCGGGGUGUAGACACCAGCCAGGUGGUGGAGAGAAUCAAACGCUGUGGCUGGAGUCUAGUCUAGCCCUACAUCUGAAGCCUCUACCUUGGAAGUGCCCCUGGACCAGAAAGACCCUUCUCUCCUGGCCAAGCAUGUAGCCUGCCACCGGCAAAGAGUGGGGCCUGGUGAGGAGUCCAGUGCUUUCUGGUGUGCAGUCCAGAGCUGCCACCUGGUAGGUCUCUGCAGGCAGGCCAGGGCCAGGGCCAGGGCCAGGGCCAACCACUAUGCCCAUCAAACCUGGGUGUGACUUCCAGGAUGGUGCAUCAUUAAGCAGGUGACGGCCACAUAUGUCCCAUAACUACAUUUUGGUGGAAGAAAGACCCAUUUCUGGCUUUUCUAAACCAUUUAAUGUGUUCUAGGUCCCCAUGGCCCUGGACUGGGAGUGAUUCCAGCAACCAUGUGGGUGGAAGCCUGGCUGCCGCCCAGUAGGCCUAUUACUGGAGACCCCUCUUGUGGCAGUGACAGCCACCAGUGGGGACCCAUCUGCUCGGAUGGCCAGAUAAAACACAGGGCAUGGGUUGCUCUGAAUUUCAGAUGAGCAGCAGAUACUGUUCUUGGAGGGUGUCCCGAAUGUUGCACGGCCUGACCCUACACUAAUGUCACGGUGUCGUGGGCCGGGUCUGGCCUGCCUGGUGCCGAUCAUCCUCGUCAUGUGUGAGGAAGUGGUUACUGUGCUGAACCAGCAGGCCUGUUGGGCGUGUCUCUUGGCCUGUUCAGGAGGGGCCUUUCCCUGGCCUGUGGAGCUCAGGCUGCCCCAGGCCUACCCCCACUCCCUAUCUACACACUCCCUAUCCCUGCACACACUUGAAUGGUAGUCUCAAGGUGCUUGUGGGAAGAUGCCCAGCAUGUGGAAAUUGCAGCUCUUGCAAGACACUCCCACCCUCCCCCUGAACUCCUGGGGUCUGGGGAGGGGCAGAUCAGUGCUUGCGGGUUCCUUCCUGGUCUCAGGGGGUCUCUGCUGUGGGUGGUCUUCCAGGCACAGCUCCCUAACCUGGCACAGUCCAGGGGUCUGGCUGUCCCACACGUAUGAUGGUCCUCCCCUCCGCUGUGGCUGGAGUCUAGGGGACACGCUGCCCGUCCUGGACUGCAGGGCUGCCCCCGACACAGACUCCUCACUCAGCCUCAGGUGGCCAUCAGGGCUUCAGGGCUUUGGUCAGUCUGCUGGCUUGUUUCUGGCUGGGGGACUGCCCGCACCAGGCCUAAGUGGGAAGCCCCUGCACAGGAGCUUUUGUCACUACCCCUACUGUCCUGCGUGCUGCAGCUGCCUAGGGGUCUUCAGAAACUGGCCUCCACACCCCACGGGGGCUGGCCUCAGGCACUCGGGCAUCUCUGGCCUGGAAUCAGAGCAAGGAUCACCUGCGUGGGCGGCGUGUCCAGACGUGCAUCGCGCUGGGGCGGCCCCCAGGGUAUUUCUCCUCAGGAGGAGGCCGGGCAGCGCAGGGCCCCGGAGAUACUGAGAUCUAAACAACUCAGAGGGACUUCUUGUUUGUGAAAAACAAAAAAAUGCAGUUUCAAUUCUUUCUAUUCAAGCAGAAAAAGGCAAAAAUAAAAGGCAAAACAGAGGACGGAUUCUAGAUUA